CCUGCAUGGAGGCAAACUGGAAGCCUGACCUCACUCCUUCUGCUCCAAGCAGUCUUCAUGUUUCUUCUGAUGUUUUCCAUCAGAUGGAUGGAAAGCUGCUGCCUGUACUUCGGAUAGAGUGGAAGGUGGCCACUGAUGCUAGCGUCCGGUACCUGGAAGGAGCAGAGCUGGCUGUGAUGCAGGUGAACAACAACCAGCAGGUCUGUGCCCAGUUUGCCUUUCAGAACAACUUGCCACUUCAGGUUCGUCCAGAUGGAGGCCGGUGGAGUUUUACUUUUGACCGUUUUGAAGUGGAACCUGGCCAGACAUAUCAAGUGACUGUCUACCACCUGCCCAAACUGAGUGUAGAGGGAGACUACAACUGCAAGUCCAAGUCCUUCACAAUGCCUGACUGCAAGGACUCUCUGAUGAAAAAAACCACCCCCUGCAUAAACACAGGCAGCUUGUGGGAGCCCAGGAUCCAAGGUGAAAGCCUAGAUGAUACAACCCUGCUCGUGAGUUUUAACCCGUGGAUGGAACCGACUCGAUACAAAAUUCACGUGGCCAGUUUCCUGAAUGAGACCAGGUGCAAGGUGGUCACACGUGAUUUCACCCAGGGUGGACAACAACAGCAAGUAAACAUCACAAUCAGAAUAGAAAGGAACAUAAGAGCUUGCUGCAGCUAUGAAAUACAGAUUCAGCCCUUCUUUGUGAACUGUGGCACAGACUGUCUGAGGCAUUCUGCUUUCAUCCCGUGCUCUCCAUCUCCAAGUACAGGCACGUCAGGUGAUAUGAUUAUAUGGCUCUACUGGUGUAUCACUGGGAUCUGUGUGUUCCUGGUGGGAUCAGUCAUAGCAGGUGUGAUUUGUAUGACCAAAAAACGAGCAGCACACCGGCGAGGAAAAUGCAGCCACAGUGAUUUGCAGACUGCAGCGCCGUACACAGACCUUCCUCUGCCGCCCCUGAAGCCGCGCAAGGUGUGGGUUGUGUACUCUGCCGAUCACCUGCUGUACGUGGAGGUGGUGCUGAGGUUUGCCGAGUUCCUGAUGACAGUCUGCGGCACUGCUGUAGCCCUGGACCUGCUGGAAGAUCAGCAGAUCUCGGAGCUGGGGCCGCUACCUUGGCUGACUCGACAGAAGAAGGAGAUGGAAGACCUCUCUUCAAAGAUCAUCAUCCUGUGCUCGCGGGGUACCCAGGCCAAGUGGCAGGCCAUGCUGGGCAGUGAGCCCGUGCGUCUCAAGCAAGAUCAGCAGAAGCCCAUGGGAGACCUCUUCACUCCAGCCUUGAAUUUGAUCCUGCCAGACUUUAAGAAGCCAGCCUGUUUUGGGAUGUACAUAGUGUGCUAUUUCGAGGGGAUAAGCAGCGAGAAAGAUAUCCCUGACCUGUUCCAUGUCACAUCCAGGUACCAACUGAUGGACAAGUUUGAGGAUAUCUAUUUUCGGAUUCAGGACCUGGAGAAGUUUGAACCUGGGCGCAUCCAUCGGAUCCGUGAAAUCACAGCUGAGAGUUACACUGAUACUCCCAGUGGGAGGAAGCUGAAAGAGGCAGUGGAAAAGUUCAAGAACUGGCAGAUGGAGCACCCAGACUGGUUUGAGAACGAAACCGUCUGCUUGGAUAACGACGAAGAGCUGCAGUCCCUAAGCAGAGAGAGCCAGGAGGGGUCGCUGCAAAGUGAGCCAGGUGGGAUUGUGAAACACCAGCUGCACCUGCGGGAGCCUCGCCCCGACUGCUGUUACGUGCUUGAUCUCCACAUGCAUGAAGGUGAAAACAGAGGUGGUAAACUGCAACCUGAACUGAAUCCGUGUGGGGAUCAGACUGCUCAGACUGUGGUCCUUUCCGCGGAUGAGGCUCCCUUAGUUCAGGUAGUGGAGCCAAUCUCCUCUGUGGAAGACAGAAGUGUACUUAGUCAUCACGUGCUGAGUAACGAGGACUGUGUGGAAGAAGUUCCUCUUCUGGAGACAAGCUUUCCAAUGAGGAAUAACAUUGUCCUCCCCAGUGACUCUGAACCUUCAGCAAUAGAUGACCAGAGUCCUGCAAGCCUUUCAGGAGAACUGAGGCAGCAGCUGAACGGACUGAUGCACUCUCUUUAUCAGCAGAGUGUCACUCCUCCGGAGCCGUCUCUUUGCCAAGAGAAGGCUGACGAGCAACAGCAGUUGGUCUUUGAUGACCAACACAAAGACCAAAGACAGUCGGUGCAGUCAGACCAAGGCUACAUCUCUAGAUGUUCUCCUCUGCCUCCUGAUGACCUCGUGGAGGAGGAAGAGGGGGAAGAGAAUCGGGAAAAUCCUGAACUCUCUCCAGAGGUCAUGAACAGUCUAAAGAGCCUCCAGCAGUGGCUGUUUCUCCAGGACGUUCAGCGGAGCUCUGACUGGGGGUGUCCUGCUGAGAUGGUGGACAUUGGCCAGUCUUGGGAGGACUGUUAGGCCCCAUGUGGGACCUGCACCAUUUGAAAUACAUGCACAGUGCUGAAACAGCUUUUACAACUCCAUCCCUGGCCUUGCAUUACAAAUGGCUUACUGUCUGCUGGAAGGGAGGAUUACCCAACAGACUGCUGCCACUGCUUCCCAUCUCUACAGAGAGAAGCAAGAGCUGUUGGCCACCCCUGUGAGAGAGUAGGCAGUGCUUCUGUUCCUGGGGGAGAAGUGUUACAUUGAAUCCUCAUUGAUGGGUGGCAGAAAAAUUCUUCUGGCUCACUCACUCGUGCCUUCAAAAGCCCCUCCAGCUGUACUGAUUGUGUUGCACUGGGUGAAAGUCAUGGCCAGGGGCAUAGAACAGGUUUAGGCAACAUGGCAGAAUGUGCACUGCCAUUUGAGGACACAUUUUACGUCCUUCUGUUGUAAAUACUUUGGUAAAGAUGUGUGCCUGGAACUUCAGCUAGGCUGGGGUUGUCUCUGGGUGGUUGAUACAUGUGUCUGGAGGUUUUUUGGUUGGCUGCUUGCUCAUUGACAGCUGCGUUUCCACAGACCUGGGAGUUCUGGUGGACAUCAAGUUCUGCAUGUGACAGCAAUGUGCCCUUGUGGCCUAGAAGGCCAAUGGGAUCUUGAUGCAUUACAAAGAGUGUGUCCAUCAAAUCAAAGAUGGUUCUCCUCCUCCUCUACUCCACCCUGGUGAGACCUCACUGGGAAUACUGCAUCCAGUUUUGGGCUCCCCAGUUCCAGAGGGACUCUGGAGAGAGACCAAAGGAGGGCUACAAGGAUGCUGAAGGGACUGCAGCACUGCCUGAUGAGGAGAGGCUGAGAGCCCUGUGGCUGAUCAGUCUGGAGAGGAGAAGGCUGAGAGAGGAUCUGAGCAAUGUCUAUAAAUAGCUGAGGGCUCAGGAAGCAAAGGACAGGGACAGCCUCUGCUCACUUGUGUCCUGGCACAGGACAAGGGGCAAUGUAUGGAAACUUCAGCACAGGAGGUUCUACCUCACCAUGAGGAAGAACCUCUGGGCUGGAAGUGUCUCAGAGCCCUGGCACAGGCUGCCCAGAGAAGUUGUGGAGUCUCCUUCCCUGGAGCCUUUCCAGCCAGAUGUGUUCCUGUGCCAGAUUCUCUGGUCCUGCUCUGGCAGGGUGGUUGGACUGGAAGAUCUCCAGAGGUCCCUUCCAACCCCCUCACAUCCUGUGGUCCAUGGCCAUUUGGAAGUCAAGUGGAAUUAACUGAACAUUAAGUGGGAUAUUUUUUUAUUGGGAGUCUCCAUAAUUUUCCAUACCUCCCUGCUGGGAGCAAACACCUCCUGGGAGGUAGGUGCUUGGAAACCUGCAGUAGAAGGAAAAGAGAAAUGGGGGUAAUGGACCAAAAAAUGGGUGGCUUACAAUUAUAUGAAUCUGGAGCUGAAGCCAGAGUUACUGAAUCAAGGAAAUGUCUGUUCUGUAAUGCACUGCUGCAGUGCCAUUUGCUUUGGGCCAUCUCAGCACCAGGAAGACUUGAACUGAAGAUGCAGGUAGUGACACAAGUAAGGAAAUCAAAGGCUAUUUUGGAGGGUCAAGAAGUGUAGCUUCCGCAAACGAAGGUUAUAACUGCACUGGGGGAGGCUGAGCUGACUAGUGAGUGUGAGCUGUUACUCUGUGGGUGUGAACUCAGGCUGAGGUAGUUCAGGUUAAUCCUUGUGCAAUACUUAAGAGAUUAGUGUUGAACUUCUUCCAGGAGCAGUGAUGGUAACUGUAUCAAUUUACCAACUGUGUUCAGUUUUGGGCUCCCCAGUUUAAGAGGGACAGGGAUCUGCUGGAGAGAGUCCAGUGGAGGGCUAUGAGGAUGAUUAGGGGACAGGAGGGCUUAUGAGGAGAGGCUGAGGGACCUGGGGCUGUUUAGUCUGGAGAAAAGAAGACUUAGAGAGGAUUUGAUAAGUGUUUAUAAGAAUCUGAGGGCUGGCCAGAAGUGGGGGGACAGGUUCUGCUCACUGCUCCCUGGGAUAAGACAAGGAGCAAUGGGUGUAGAUUGCAGCAAAAGAGGUUCUGCCUCAGCACAAGGGGAAACUUCUUUACUGUAAGGGUCACAGAGCACUGGCACAGGCUGCCCAGAGAGGUUGUGGGGUCUCCUCCACUGGAGCCUUCCAAGGCCUGUCUGGAUGUGUUCCUCUGUGAUCUGUGUUAGAUAGGAUUGUCCUGCUCUGGCAGGAGGUUUGACUCGAUGAUCUCCUUGGGUCCCUUCCAACCCCUAACAUCCUCUGAUCCUGUGAUCCUGUGAAGUCCAGGGUUUUUUAAAACUGAGCUUGGUUCAAAACUGAGCACCAUUAAAAACUGCUGUCUGGAGUGGCUGCCUGUUGGCCCAUGGAGCACUGGCUGGGUAGCAGACCUGCUGAGCCUGCUGUUGACCCCGUUUGCUCUUGCUGCUUCUGCAGUCCAGCCCACUGGAUGACAGCCUAUGAGAUGUAAAUACACCCAGCCCUUUGUCACCUUACUGUCCUCAGUUUACUUGUCAGUUUACUUUCCUUGCAGCUUUGGAAACCUGACCUCUCAGAAGAUAAUGUGUUCUUUUGUCUUGCAGCUGCUAAUUGCCUUCUCUGGAUUUUCAAACUGCAUUGGUUUGUGACUUGUAUUUUCUUCCUUAAAUUAAAAAACAA